AUGGGAAGAAGCAGUUUGGCUUCGGUAACGGACGCUCGUAAGAGUAGAAACUCUUUAGGGAUAUGUUGCCCCAACAAGUCGAAUAAAAGGGCCAGUAUUGAUGUUUGUUUAUCUCCUAGAGCUUUAGCAAAAAAGUUAGAAGAAAUUAAUGACAGGGAUUUGGAGAAAUCAGACGCCGUUAUUGUAGAACUUUCUGGAUUUGAUAAUUCUCAUCCUGUAACAACAGAGGAGUAUCAAAUGCAUCGCGAAGCUGUUAGAAAGUUAGCGUCUGAUCCAGAGAACUUUGAUGUAUCUGGUAAAACCGAAUUGAACAUUGAAGAUGCAGCUCUUGCUGGUGCCAAGCUUCUUGUGAAUGAAAAUAGAACAACUCGCCGAUUGUCGAAACUCUUGAAAGAAAGAUGUGGCAUUGAAGACGAAGAAGUUCUAUACAAACCUUUACCUUUGAAGGGGAGAGAAAAGAACAAUUGUGAAGAAAUGCAAAUGUUGAGAAACGCUUCCGUCGUUGAAAGUUUCGUUGAUUUCAAAAAACAAUUGGAGUUCAAAUCCAAUGUUCUUCAAUAUGUCGAAAAUGGCAUUGAUAAAAGGUCGAAGUCAGAAGGCAGAGUAGCGACUAGGAAACAGUUGGCUCAGGAAAAGCGCAUGAAUCAACGUAAACGAAAAAAUCCAGGAUUGGAUCAAAAAACACCUAAAUGUAAAAAGACCAGUAACCCCCUUGAUUGCCAUAUGAUUAUCGAUAAAUAUGUAUUAGAAGUAGCGUCUGAUAUCCGUGAGUUUUCUAAAAAACGUCGUAGGAUCGCACCUAUACCUUUCGAUCUUGAUAUUCUUGACGACGAUCUUUAA